AUGAUGCUGAUGGCGCUGCUGCCGCGGUCCCCGACCAUCCCGCCGGUGCUGCGGGCCACAGAGGCGGCCGCCCGCGAGGUGCUACUGCGACUACACCCAAGGGAGGAGGUGGCGGAGCAGCGCCGACACAGGGUCAUCGACUACGCUAAGAACCUCAUCGGCUGCAAGGUUGUACCUCGUUCAAAUGAUGUUGCAUAUCAGCACAUGCUAAUGGUUAAUGUGCAGGCUCAACCAAAAAUCAGAAUUGCCUCUAUAAAUGCUGCUGCAAAGAUAUUAGUGGUGGGGUUACCCAAUGUUGGCAAAUCAACUUUCUUUAACAUAGUAACAAAGGUGGGCUCCCGCGCUGGCAACUCCAGGCUUGCGGUGAAGAAGAUUAAGGCUGAGAAGGACCCCAACAAGCCCACGCGCCCCCGAGCGCUUUCUUCAUCUUCAUGUGAGUCCCAGUCUUGGUUCCUGGUUCGAUUCGUGUUGCUUCUGUGGGAUAACUUCAGGAAGGAGUACAAGGAGAAGCACCCCGACGUCAAGCAGGUCUCCAUGAUUGGUAAGGCCGGUGGUGAGAAGUGGAAGUCCAUGAGUGAUGCUCUGGAGAACGAAAAACAUGCAGGUGCUCUGCUCUUGCACACGUCUGGCAUCGUCUCCGGUGCGGUGGUGCUUCUUGAGGCGACCGGCGUGAUGGCGGCUUUGUACGGCGGCGACCACAAGCCAUCAAUUCAUAGUAUUUGGCUUCUGUGUGAUGGUCUGCGACUAUUUUUUGGUGAUGUGGAUAUACUUUAUGAUUUAAAGUUACUAAUAUUUUUUGUUUUGAUUCUUUCUCUGGUGCGAGGAAAGCUGUGA